AUGGGUGCUGCUUAUCACAUUUUGGGAAGAACUGUCCAACCACACCAGCUGGCGCUAGGCACGAUCGCUGCUGUUGCGAUGCUUGCUAUUCCAAACCCUUUUGCAUCCUCUGCCAGUAAGCAAGUGGAAAUCAAAGCUGGGUCUAAGGAAGAGGAGAAGUUCAUCGCUGAGUAUCUACAAAAACAUGCUGAAAAACAUUAG